AUGUCGAUUCCAGGAUUAGGAGAGAUACCAUCGGUUGCAGACCCGACUACCUCAUCUGCUGCCGCCACAUCGCCAACUACUACGGAAACACUCCAACCUUUCUGGGAAUACCGAUUCGAAGUUCCGCAUGGAUCCACUCUAGAUAUCAAACUCCUCUCAGGAACCGCAGAGAAGGAUGGCACCGAACUCGCCCCAAAUACACCGUACACUUUUACGGCGACGAAGUCCAAGAUAAAUACCUGGCAUGGGUGUACUCUCGAAAUAGUUUGCCCUUCCGGGACCUACGACGCCUAUACCUCAGAGCCGACAGCGGACGAGACACCUAUGGUCAGCUACUUGAAUUUGCAUUUUAAACUCGAAGCCAUUCGAUGUGCUGCAGAGAAAGCAGGACAAAUGGGACCACGAAUACUGGUCGUCGGACCGCCGAAUGCCGGUAAGACGAGCUUAGUAAAGAUGCUCACGGGAUGGGCCACGCGCAUGGGUCGCCAACCACUCGUCGUGAAUACAGACUGUCGUGAGGGUAUGCUCGCAUUGCCGGGUUCGCUAAGCGCUGCCGUAUUCGCGACUAUCAUUGAUAUCACGACGGAUUGGGGCAGCACGCCAAGCAGUGGACCAAGCGCUAUACCUGUCAAGCUUCCCAUCGUGUACAAUUACGGUUUAGGGCAGCCCGAGGAAAACAUGCGACUUUUUAAAAGAGUAAUAAGCAGGCUGGCUGUGGCGGUAACCUCCCGGCUCGCGGAGGACCCCGACGUAAAGACAUCUGGUCUGCUGAUCGACACGGGCGGUGUCGGCGCUUCUAAGGGAGGUUACGACCACAUAGCCCAUAUAGUGUCCGAGUUCUCAGUCAACAUCGUAAUCGUGAUAGGCUCGGAACGUAUGGGCAGCGAGAUACAGAAGAAGUUCACAGGGCAGAAAACCACACUAGACGAACCCAUCACUGUGGUCAGCCUGGACAAGUCUGGUGGCGUCGUGGAAAGGGAUUCAGGAUUUCUGCAGCAGGUCCGCGAAACAGCUAUUAGAGAAUACUUUUUCGGCAAUGCGAACACCACAUUGAGCCCGUUUACGCAACAAGUCGACUUCUCGGCUUUGUCAAUCUGGAGAGUUAAUGAAUCACCUAACUCGGCGGCGCUCGAAGAUGAAAUUUAUGGCGAUGUAAUGCUAGAGAAGGUUGAGCCGUCGCUCAUGAUGCAAAACUGCCUCCUUUCAGUUGUCUACGCAUCGGUCCACGACCCGGCAGACACCAUCCGCGAUUCCAAUGUUAUGGGAUACGUGUACGUCGCCGACGUCGAUGAGAAACGACGGAAGCUUAAAAUUCUAGCGCCAGUGAAUGCCCGUUUAGGGGAUAGACCCCUUCUUUGGGGGAGCUGGCCUGAGCCCAUGGUUAGUUUAUUGGGUUAG